AAUCCUUCAUAAUACUCUCUCUCUCUCUCUCUCUCUCUCUCUCUCUGUGUAAAAACUUUGAAUUUUGGGUUUCAAGUUCUUCAAAUUUUCUUUUAGAUUGAAAUCUCUUGAUGCCAUGGGGCUCGGGGACACCGUGGAGAAGAUGCAGCUCCGUAAGGAUUAUCGGAAUUAUUGGCACACGGAUUUGCUGAACGCUGUCAAGGCCGAUUUUCCUUAUUGUUGUUUUGCAUGCUUUUGUGGACCUUGUGCUUCUUACAUGCUGCGCAAACGAGCAAUUUAUAAUGAUAUGUCAAGGUACACCUGCUGCGGUGGUUACAUGCCAUGUAGUGGUAAAUGUGGAGAAAGUAAAUGCCCCACAUUUUGCCUUUGGACAGAGGUCUUUCUCUGCUUUCCAAACUCAGUCGCUUCGACACGCUUUAUGUUGCAAGAUGAAUUCAACUUGCAGACAACCAAAUGCGAUAAUUGCAUAAUUGGAUUUAUGAUCUGCCUCGACCAAAUUGCUUGCAUAUUUUCCUGUAUUGCUGCUAUAUCCGGAAACGAUGAGCUUGAAGAUGCUGCGCAAGCAUUGUCUUUUUGUUCUGACCUUGUUUAUUGCUCGGUUUGUGCUUGUCUUCAGACCCAACACCAUGUAGAAUUGGAUAAAAGAGAUGGAAAGCUUGGUACGCAAGCAAUCAUGGCGGUUCCUCCGACGCAACAAAUGACACGAAUGGAUCAGCAAAUGCCUCAUUCACCGGGAUCGUAUUCACCUCACGCUCAACCGCAAUAUGGACAAUAUCCAGGAUAUCCACCUUAUCCCCCUCAAGCUCCAGGUUAUCCUCCUGCUGGAUAUCCUCCACCAGGAUAUCCUCCUGCUGGAUAUCCUCCUCCAGGUUAUCCAAAUGCUGGAUAUCCUCCUCAUCCUUAUCCUCCUCCUCCUCAAACAUAUACUAAUGAUCAAUAUCCUCCACAUCCUACACAUUCUAACGAUGUAUAUCCUCCUCCUCCCUCACAUUCUAACGAUGGGUAUCCUCCUCCCAAUCCUCCUCCCAAUCCUCCUCCUGCUAACCAACCCAAGUGAUAAAUUUGGAUAAAUGUUAAUACAUACUUAGAGAAUAUAUUAUCCACAAUUUUUUUUUCUUUUUUCAUUGUAUGUUGAUUAAUUAGACAGAUUCUUUUAUUUAUAGGUUAUAUUGUGUUGUUGAUUGCUCAAGGAACCUUAUGCAGAUAACUUAGUUUUGUUGUCACA